AUGAUCAAAAUCUCUCUGAGACUCUUGCGAAGAUUUUCUUCUAGUGACUUGUACAACAUGGAAACCUAUGAAAAAAUCGGCAAAAUUGGCACAGAUUAUGAUGAUGCCCGCAAUUAUGAAGCCUUCAGUAUGAAAGAGUUCAAAAAGCACUUGACUCCUGAAGAGUGGGCAAAAGUCACUGCAAAUGAUCCACUAUUCAAAAUGCCUGAGCUAGAGGAUUUAUGGGACAUUCAAGACCUUAAGCCUCAUUUCUAUAAGCAUUUACCACCUUAUCUUCAAAGGCCUGCAAUGGCAUUAGAUGAGCGACAAAGAGCAGCCAAGCGAAUGACACUCGAAUGGGCAAAAGGCGAAAAAGACCUAAAAAAGAAAAGAAUUGCAAUAAAAUCGACCUGGAGAAUGCUGACCAAUGACGAAUGCGAAGUUUUCACUGGACUAAUGCUUGUGAGGAAUCCUAUAUGGGCACUUGGGCACGAUAAAGAUGUUGAAUGGGCAAAACUGAGGUUCAGGACUAUGAGGAAGCAUGGGCUAUUGGCGAAAUUUGACGAAAGCUUUGAGUAUGAAGACAUCGAAGAUGACGACGACGAUCUUACAUCUACCAGGUUGUUAAAGCUAGAAAAGGACUUGGAUGAAGGAAAGCCUAUAAGAGGCUAUGAGCCUGUACCUAAUUCUAAGCAUUGGCUAGAAGCAGACCCUGACGAAGCAGACCCACAUAGCAUUGGAUACGCUGGAGGCUACAGAGUUUGGCUUCUGCUGAAAAAUAAAGCGACACAAAAAUGGGAAUUUCCAAGUGCCACUGUAUUUGGGAUGAACAGUUUUCAUCAAACGAGGAUCAAUCUUGUAGAAAAUCUGUUCGGAAAAAACCUCAAAGUGCAUCAUAUAACCCCAAAACCGUUUAUUGUUGACACAGAAGCAUACCCAGAAGUAACUGAAAGAGAUAGGCCUAUAAAUUUUGACGAGGAUGUGUAUGAUCUUUAUUUUAAUAGACUAAAAAUCCUUAUGCCAAAAGCGAAAGAAGAAGAUCUAACUCCCCUCGAGUAGAAGGUAGAAAAUUUUGUUUUAAAAAUUAAUCCCUACCCCUCCCUCAGUUAGCGAGCAAAACCAUUGGAAAAAUCCUUAUUUUUUGGUAAAACCCAACCUAACGAGCAAAAAAUUAUACAACAUAAAAGUGGUAAUUAUUAUAAUGAAAUCUCUUGCUAAUUCUCUUUAAUUUUAAACAGCUUACAUUUUAAAACAUAAAUUUUAAUAAUUAAAUUAAUUUUUACUUUUCGAGUUUUAUGAUUGGAUUUUUUAAACUUCGAAAAAAAAUUUACUAUAAAGUUUAGAAAAAAAUAACCUCUCUCUGUAGGCGGACAAAAUUUUUUGUUCGCUAAUAAAGGGAAGUUAAUAAUUAUUUUUUAUAAAUUAUUGCAAUAUAUAUAAAUGUGCUUAUGAUCAUAAACUCUCAAGAAAAAUAUAUUAAUUUUAGGUAACUUGCAUUUUAAUUUUUCAUUUUGAAUUAUAUGGAAAAUAUAAUAUAAAAUCAACAAAAAUUUUCAAACUGAGGGGUAAUCAAAAUGCUCCAGAAGAAAUACGAUAUGAAAAAAAACCUCGACCCACUCAUAAAGAAAGUUAAAGGAAGAAAAAUAUUUUAUUUCAGGUCAAUUCACGAAAAAGGAGACAUUAAGCUGGUAAAUAAUGAUAUUUAUGACGAUUAUGCAUGGGUACCUAAGGUGAAGCUUAGCAAGUAUUUCGACAAAGAAAGAUAUGACAAGUUUAUACAAGUUAUGACUAGGCACUAA